GAAGGAAAGAGAAUUUGGGAGUGGCGAUGACGAAGACGAGCAGAGGCCGUCAAAGGAUCGCGAUGGAGGCGAUCGAGAAUGCGGCUGCGCGGAAGGUGUGCUUCUCCAAGCGCCGCGCCGGCUUGUUCAAGAAGGCGGCCGAGCUCUCCGUCCUCUGCGGCGCCGAGAUCGCCGUCCUCGCCUUCUCCCCCACCGGCAAGCCCUUCUCCUUCGGCCACCCCUCCGUCGACUCCGUGCUCGCCCGCUUCUUCUCCUCCUGGCCUGCUCCCCCUCGGCACCACCCCCUCGCUGGUGCCCUGCUUCAGGCGCUCGGCCGGCAGGAGUCGCAGCUCGCGGAGCGGCUCGAGGCGGAGAGGAGGAGGAAGGCGGCGCUCGAGGCGGCGAUUUUCCGGCCGUGGGGCACCGUGGCGGACCUGCUGGACGCCGACGUCGAGGCGCUCGGGAUGCCGGAGCUCGGCCUGCUGCAGAGAGCGCUGGAGUGGGUGCGGGCGGAGGCGGCGGGCAGGGCGGAGCAACUGGCCUUCGAGGCUUUGCAGCCGUCGAACGUGGCGGUCAACGCCGGUGUCUUUGUCACCGCCGACGCCCCCACGGGGGCGGCGGCUCCAAAUUUGUUGGAAUUUGGCUAUGCACCUCAAGGCUAUGGCUUCUAGUGUUGCAUCUCUAUUCUACAUCUAAGAAAACUUCUUAGUUAUCUUCCAUUGUCUUCCUUAUUGUGCUUACUGAAGAGCAAUUUAAAAAAGGUAGAUCCGCUUACUGAAGAGCAAUUUAAAGUUAAGACGCUCUGUAAAUUUGUAGCCCCUUGCACAGGUUAGUGUGAUGUUAUGUCGUGUUUGUAUCGAAUAUGGUCUCCUAUCUUGUAAAUAUGUAAUUUUCUUUUCU